GUGAGACGAGACCCCAGCAUCCCCACCUAUGGACUCCGACAAUCUAUCUUACUGAACACCAGGCUUCAGGACUGCUAUGUGGACUCGCCAGCUCUCACCAACAUCUGGAUGGCCAGAACGUGUGCAAAGCAGAACAUCAGUGCCCCACAACCAGGUACCACCUCUUCCUGGGAAGUUGUAAAGAACCCGUUAACUGCCAGUUCAUUCUCCCUGGUUAAGCUGGUGCUCCGGCGACGACAACUGAAGGAUAAACGCUGCCCGGUACCACGCAAGUUUGGAGAAGGAAAACCCUCGAAGAGAUUAAAGCCCAAGGACAAUUCAGCAAUGAAAGCCACCCAGCGGGGCAGGAUAAGAAACUCCAUUAGUUCCAAGAGCAAGCGGCCAGUGGGGCAGGGGCCAGGCUCACCUAGGUGCAGGAGGCCUGCAGGAGGCAUCAAUGAGAGUAAAGAAAGUUCAAAGGAGAAAAAAGUAACAGUCUGCCAAGAUCUUGAGAGCAGAUAUGCUGAACAUGUGGCUGCCACCCAAGUGCUACCCCGGGACAUUGGGACAACAGCCUGGAAGGGCCGAGCGUUGCUUCCUGAAACCAGAAAGAGACAGUUGUCAGAGGACACGCUAACCAUCCACGGCCUCCCCACAGAGGGUUACCGGGCUCUGUACCACACCGUGGUUGAGCCGAUGCUGUGGAAUCCUUCAGGGACCCCCAAGAGGUACAGCUUGGAGCUGGGCAAGGCCAUCAAACAAAAGCUCUGGGAAGCUCUGUGCAGCAAGGCUGCCACCCCCGAAGGCACUCAGAAGGACCUGCGACCAGGCAGGAAGCGGCUGGAGGUCCACGAGGAGCCUGUGCCCAAGAAAUGGCCCAAGUUCAAGAUGGAGAAAUAGGAACAGGAGCUCACAGGAUCGGGAUAUUCUCUGCUAGAUGUCUGAAAAAUAAACACCACUUUGCACCUUCCAUGUAAUCUGAGCGCUUUACAAAUUAGUAACUACCCUCCCCGGGAAACAAGGCAAAUGGGUGCGAGAUUCAUUUCAGACUGAGGGCCCCCCUCCACUCUCAUGAUUAGGUAAU